AUGGCUCAGCAUAUCCUCUCCGCGGUGGAAUCUGAGAUAUCCCAGGGGAAGGCAGGUAAAGGAGACUUCGGUGAAACGGACCUGUGCGUAACUUUGGACGACAGAGACCUCUGGGUGCGUUUCCAAUGCUUCACCAACGAAAUGAUCGUCACGAAGAACGGAAGGAGGAUGUUUCCGGUGGUCAAAGUGUCCGUCAACGGUUUGGAUCCGAAGGCUAUGUACACGGUUCUUCUGGAGUUCGUGCAGAUCGAUCCGCAUCGCUGGAAGUACGUGAACGGAGAAUGGGUACCAGGUGGUAAGGCGGAGGUGCCUCCAUCGAAUCCGAUCUACAUCCAUCCGGAAUCCCCUAAUUUCGGGGCUCACUGGACCAAGGAGCCCAUCUCGUUCGCGAAAGUAAAGUUGACCAACAAGUGCAACGGGAAUGGACAGAUAAUGCUGAAUUCGUUGCACAAGUACGAGCCGAGGGUGCACUUGGUCAGAGUUGGAACGGAGCAGCGCAGGGUGAUGACGUUUCCGUUUCCGGAAACGCAGUUCAUCGCUGUAACCGCGUACCAAAACGAAGAGGUGACAUCGUUGAAAAUAAAAUAUAAUCCUUUCGCCAAGGCUUUCUUGGAUGCGAAAGAGAGGCCAGAUAGUAUAUACAAUCAGAGGGAGUACGCGGGCGGUUUCAACUGCCAACAGCAGACGCAGUACACUUCACAAUAUGGUUCCUUGUUUUUACCACACCAUCAACCGAUCUACCCAGUGGUAACAGCUGUUCAAUUACCGAGCCCCGCCAGAUCUCCGCAGAUGUGCUACAAAACUACUUGCAAUUUGCAAAAGAAUCGAUUGUCGCCGUACACCGUCCACCGCAACAAAUCGAGUUCCCCGGACGCUUCACCACCGAGCGUCUACAACCCCCCAGACCAUAUACUGCAGACGACGUACACUCAACCUACGACGUAUCCGACAUGGUCUUCACUGCAGCCCCAAACACCUACAACAAUCAUGUCUCCAACAAUAAACUGCUGGUCCCUGACCUCAAGUCCACCACCUCCUCACCAAAUCUCCGCUCAAACCACCCCAGAUCAAUCCCCGACGCAUCAGUUCUACCCACCCAUGACGAACUAUUACCAGCAGGACGUGACAUACGCGACGCACUAUCAAAACGCCGAAUAUGUACCAUUGGUAAACGGUUACGCUCAGAUCGAGGACACCAGGGAGGUCAACAAUGGUAAUGGGGUGGUCUAUCAAGAGGUCGGACAAAUUCCGGAAACCAAUUCAAGAAACCAAACAGAAUCUCCCGUCAAUUCCAGCGGCACGCCAAGACCAAACGAAUGGAGCCAUCAGCAGUUAUAA